AUGGACCCGGGACACGCGCAGGGCCUAGGAGGGUUCGGUGCCGGAUCGUCGGCCGGUUCCCAGUCGUUUUCGAGCAGCGGAUCGUUCGGUGGUUCCGGGAGCAGCGCAGGAAGUGGUGCCGGUGCUAGUUCGCAAUCGGUUGGCCACCAGCAGCCAACGCACGGGUUCGUCGGUACCGAUAGCGCCGGAUCGGCACACACCGAGCACAAGCCGGGCCACGGAGGUGGUGGUAUGGGGACGGCAUCGAGCGCUGCCGGAAGCUCUAGCCAAUCGGGUGACCACGGCCAUCCCGGUCCUGGCCACACCGGUAGUGCCAGUGGUGCUGGAGCUCAGUCGCAAAGCACCUCCUCCGGUCAUGGCAUGGCCGCUGGAAGCGGACCCUCGUCGACCGGUGGAGGACGCCGUACGGAGGUGAACAUAGGCAACGGGCCCGGCGACAACUUCGGGGUGCGCAUCAGCACCGACGAGUCGGCCGACGGCACCGUCAAGAGGAGCGAAAGCGAAGCCUGGGUGUGGAAAAGCUGA